UCAAUCCUCAUACCUUCAUCUCAGAAAGUUAUUAUUCAUCUGCUAGCUAGCUAGAGGGUAGAAGAUGCUUUCAACAAUUCAAUAAAUAGUAACACUAACACCAGAAUCAUACCUAUUAGUCCCUCCUCUUCUUGCUUCACCACUUUCCUUUAUUCCCCAUCCUCAUAACAACAACAACAAUGGAUUUCACCAACCCUUCACUUCUUCUCUCCAUUUUCCUUCUACUACUUCCUUCUCUGAUCUCAUCACAAAUCUGCCAGAGAAACUGUGGCAAAGAAACUCUCAAGUACCCUUUUGGAAGUGGCCCUGGUUGUGGUGACCCUCGUUUCCAACCACAUGUAACAUGUAGCAACCAAAAGCUCACAUUCACCACUCACACAGGCUCCUACCCUAUUACCUCAAUUGACUACACAAACCAAAUCAUACACAUCUCAGAUCCCACCAUGUCAACAUGCUCCUGCACUGUCCCUAGCAAAGGCUUUGGCCUAAACUGGGAUGCACCAUUUACUUUUGCUGAUAGCACCAUCUUUGCUCUGGUGGAUUGCUCAAUGAACUCAUCAUCUAUAUGUCAAUCAAAUGGCUAUGAUGAUGGGAGCAAUUCCAAUUCCAAGCUUUUAUGUGAUCAAGAGACACCAAUUUGUAGUCUUCUAUACUCAUGCAGGCCUAUUAGCACCACCAUUAACCUUCCAAUCUCGACGUGCUGCGUUUACACGCCGGUUAAUCUCGGUCCAGCGUUUGAGAUGGAUCUGCAGAAGCUGCAAUGCCCUUCUUACACGGGGUUCUACAACUUCAAUGAUCAAGAAAUGGAUCCUGAGAAGUGGAACUAUGGUAUAGCACUCAAGUACAAGUUCAGUGUCACAAAUGACUAUCCUGGCUCGUGUGAUGCUUGUGAAAGGAGCCAUGGGGUGUGUGGGUAUGGUGGGACCUAUAACUCUUUUAUCUGCAAUUGUCCUAAUGGGAUUAACACUACAGCGGAUUGUUUCUUCAUAUCUUCUUAUAACAAUGGUUUUCGAAAUGGGGUUGCUUGGUUGAUCUAUCCUGUGGCAUGUUCUCUUGUUUGGUUCUUCUUGUAAGUUAUCUUGCAUGGAACUUCAACAAUCAAACUCAUGACCCAGAGAGUAACAAAUCAAAAAAAUUCUGAAGGGUGUGACAAGUUCGAGUGUUGGAAAAUUUCAUGGUUAGGGGGGAAAUUAUGUAUGACUUUCUUGGGUUAAAGAAUGUGGCCAUUAAUUCAUGGUGUCCUUCUGUGGCAGAUGUGUGCACAUGCAACCUGUAAUUUGAAUCUCCUCUCAGUUCAUUUAUGUUCAGAAUUCAGUGAAUGACAUUUUUUUUAGAAUUUUUAAUUGAUUGCCUGCAUGUCAAUUACCAUAGUUCAA